UCGGAAAAUAAAGAUGAACGGCGACUACUGUAGUUCAAGUUCCAGACCACACAAACUGCCGUUACACUAUUUAAUGAAGAUUACAAACAACUUCUCUGAGGUACUUGGCACAGGUGGUGUCGGUGUGGUAUAUAAGGGAGUGCAAUCAGAUGGGGUAAUAGUUGCUGUGAAGAAGCUUUUGCACUCAAUGCCAAACUCACUGGAACAAUUUGAGAACGAGAUUGAUCUUCUUAUGAGACUUGAACAUCCUAAUAUAGUGCGAUUAAUAGGCUACUGCUACAAUAUACAAAAACAACAUGUGCCUUACAAGGGGGAACACGUUUUUGCCGAGGAGAGUGAAAUUUUACUAUGCCUGGAGUAUAUGCCUAACGGAAGUCUAGACAGGUUUCUCUCAGAUCCAGAUUCCCGAGUUGAUUGGCACACACGCUACAAAAUAAUUGAGGGAAUCUGCAAUGGCUUAGAGCACCUUCACGAGCAAACUGAUGGGCCUAUCAUUCACUUGGACCUGAAACCAGCUAACAUAUUGCUAAGUGAUGCUUUUGUGCCCAAAAUUACAGACUUUGGUCUGUCACGGCUGCUUGAUCCACGGGAAACUAUGUGCACUAUGAUGGUGAGGGGAACAUUAGGAUACAUGCCACCAGAGUUCAUUCAAGGUAUACUCACAUCUAAAUCAGACAUAUUUAGUUUGGGUGUAAUAAUAAUGGAGGUAGUAACGGGACAAAGGAAUUAUCUAGAGGAUGCUACUAUUUCUUCCGAGGAGUUCAUCGAGCUUGAACUUCAAAAAUGGAGAAAUAUGUUGCAGCAAGCACCAGGGUAUACAAUGCAAGAGAUAGAUUGCCCACAAAUAAAGAGAUGCAUUGAAAUAGGUAUAAUCUGCAUGAAUCCCUUACGGGCAGAAAGGCCUACAAUAACUAAAGUCAUCAAGAUGCUUCGAGGACAGGACGAUACUGACGGUGAUGUUAGCAAUGAUGUAAUGUCAUCGGCAUUCCAGAUUAGGUCUGGCCCGACGGAAUUGCUUUAUAUCUACCCCAACGAACUCAGCUUUAGCUUGGAACCAGGCAGGCGGAACCGUAACAUCCGUUGCCUCGUAAGGCUAAUGAAUGUAACUGAUAAAUGUGUUGCAUUUCAUUUUAAGGCUACGAGGGCAUCAAACAAUUACUGUAUCGAACCGGCUGACGGAUUCAUGUGGCCUUUCGCCACGACUAAUGUGGUCGUAACAAUGGAAGAGCUAGGGGAGUUGCUGCCAUCUGACUUGCAGUGCAAUGAUGAAUUCCUUGUACAAAGCAUCGUAGUGAAGGAGCAUAGAGUCACAUCCGAGCAUAUCCCUGAAGAUAAGUUUAACAUGAUGCCAAGUAACAAGGUGCACAGGGUUAAUUUGUCAAUUGUUCAUGUGCCUCCAAAUCAAGCAACUAGUCAAGAACAGGUGCAGCAUUCGGAAGCAAGAUUAGAUGCGCUGCAAUCUGAAGGCCCUCAGAAGGUUUGUUUUUCCAAGUGGUCUGGUGCUGCCAGUGGCCUUACAUCCAGUAACCAACUCAAGCAAUACAACUCCAAAGUUAUAGACAUCUGA